UCCAGAGAGAGAGAGAGACUGAAGCUCACAGUGAGCUGCAGGUUUGAGGGACUCAUCAUGAGGACGCUGCUUUGCUUUGGUCUGCUGCUGUUUCUGGCACAAAGCUGUUUGGCACAGAAACCACAUCCAUGCCGCUCUCCACCCCUGCUCUCCGGCAGUUUGAGUGUGAGUGCUAGGGACGGUCAGGACUGGUCGUUUGCUAAAUAUCGCUACGAUGCUUUUGGGCAGCGCAUCCGUUUAUGGGAAUUUGGAAAACAUGACAACAAAUCAUUCCAUCUGAAUUUGCUGUUCCUCUUUCGGGAGAAUGUGGUUUACAGCAUCAAUAUGAGGAACAAGACGUGUCAGAAGAAUCCUCUCCAAACAGCCUUCCAUCCGUUAAAGAUCCCACGCAAUGCCUCACUGCUGGCACAGGUGGUUCUGGGCGGCUCUUCAGGGCCGGGUGAAGGUCUGCUGGUCAAUACCUGGACAGGAGUUGUACCUGAGACUCAAGGUAAAUACAUUGCAACAGUUACAGAGUUUGGCUGCAUCCCGGUGUCAACCAUAUACUAUACAGAAGAGAUGGGAUGGGUGGUCACGAGCUAUUUUAAUGCAGUAACAGGGAUUGAAGACCCCAAUCAGCUCAACCCUCCAUCAUUCUGCACUCACGCACAAACAGAAGAGACGACGCUCAAUUUCUUCAGUGGCUUUUUCUGAGAAACAUCUCGACAAAUCUGUCAAUGUAUUUUAAAUGGGAUUUUAACCAUUUUUAAGCAAUUAACAUUUUCUGAAUGAUUACUUUGUUAAAAAUGCGCUUCUUUGGAAUGUUUUUUCUUUCAAUGAUAAUGUUGCACUAAUUUGAUAUUUUACAGCUGUACUUGUGCUUGCAUUCACUCCAUAAAAACACCUUAAUCAUUGUAAACUAUUUUACAGCUACGGCUGUGCUAGUUUUUGCUACAUAUAAGCACUUUAAUCUAUUGUGAAGGAAAAAUAAAGGAUUUUUUUAAACCUCAAA